AUGGUGUUAAAACCUACCGUACGUCGUCUAUCAGAAACUAAGCAAACAUUUCACUUACCUGGAGUUAUUGGAGAAGCUCGUCAAACUAAAACUCCAAUUGAUACAUGGUCAUAUCUUUUUUCAGAAGAUAUUCUCGAGAUAAUUGUUAUUCAUACUAAUGAAGAAAUAGAUCGUGUAUGUGCUAAUAUAGAAAAAUUUUUGAGUUAUUAUAAUAAAACUGAUAUUAUUGGAAUUAAAGCUUUGAUUGGCUUACUCUAUAUAUCAGGAUACAGAAAGCAAUCUACGGUAGAUGUGAACGAGUUGUGGGGUGAAGAAUUUUCUGUUACAAUAUUCAAAGCUACUAUGUCGGCUCACAGAUUUCAGUUUUUAUUGAAAUGUCUUAGAUUUGAUAACAAAAAUACACGUAAACAACGUCGGAAACUGGAUAGGUUUGCUCUGAUAAGAGAAAUUUGGGAUAAAUUCAUAACAAAUUGUGGAAAAUAUUACAGGCCAUAUGAAAUUUGCACUGUAGACGAACAAAUGGUUGGAUUUAAAGGUAGAUGCAUUUUCAGAAUGUAUUUACCGAGCAAACCUGAUCGUUAUGGUAUCAAAUUUUUGAUGUUGAAUGAUUCUAAAACCUCGUACAUGAUGAAAGCUGUGCUAUAUCUAAGAAAAACAACGGAGAGAUUACGUAAUGAACUACUUGCGAAUUUUUUUGUAAGAGAAUUAGUAGAACCAAUUAGGCAUUCGAAUCGGACAGUUGUGAUGGAUAAUUAA